CGGCCCGGCGCGUCCCGCCUCCGCUCUGUCGCUUUAAGCGGGUCCCCGCCGCCGCGCCCCUCCCUCACCCCUUCUGGCGCUCGGCGGCUCCUCGCCGCCUCUCCCGCUCCUCCUCUCCCGCUCCUCCUCCUCCUCCCGCUCCUCCUCGCCGCCAGCUCCGCUCCUCGCAGCCUCCGCGGACCCGCAGCCAUGGCCGACAUCAAGACGGGCAUCUUCGCCAAGAACGUCCAGAAGCGACUCAACCGCGCGCAGGAAAAGGUCCUUCAGAAGCUUGGGAAAGCUGAUGAGACAAAAGAUGAACAGUUUGAAGAAUAUGUGCAGAACUUCAAACGGCAAGAGGCAAAGGGUACCAGACUUCAGCGAGAACUCCGAGGAUAUUUAGCAGCUAUCAAAGGCAUGCAAGAGGCUUCCAUGAAGCUCACCGAGUCGCUGCAUGAAGUCUAUGAGCCCGACUGGUACGGGCGCGAAGACGUGAAAAUGGUUGGCGAGAAAUGUGAUGUGCUGUGGGAAGACUUCCAUCAAAAACUAGUGGAUGGGUCCUUGCUGACACUGGACACCUAUCUGGGCCAAUUUCCUGACAUAAAGAACCGCAUUGCAAAGCGCAGCAGGAAGCUGGUAGACUAUGACAGUGCCCGCCACCAUCUGGAAGCUUUGCAGAGCUCCAAGAGGAAGGACGAGAGUCGCAUCUCUAAGGCAGAAGAGGAAUUUCAGAAAGCACAGAAAGUGUUUGAAGAGUUUAACGUUGACUUACAAGAAGAGUUACCAUCGUUAUGGUCAAGACGAGUUGGAUUUUAUGUCAAUACUUUCAAAAAUGUCUCUAGCCUAGAGGCCAAGUUUCAUAAGGAAAUUGCGGUGCUUUGCCACAAACUAUAUGAAGUGAUGACGAAACUGGGUGACCAGCACGCUGACAAGGCCUUCACCAUUCAAGGAGCUCCCAGCGACUCGGGUCCUCUCCGUAUUGCAAAGACACCAUCGCCGCCCGAGGAGCCUUCACCCAUCCCGAGCCCGACAGCUAGUCCCAAUCACACGCUGGCACCCGCAUCUCCUGCACCAGCCCGGCCUCGGUCACCCUCGCAGACAAGGAAAGGGCCUCCCGUCCCACCUCUCCCUAAAGUCACCCCAACAAAGGAGCUGCAGCAGGAGAACAUCAUCAGUUUCUUCGAGGACAACUUUGUUCCGGAAAUCAGUGUGACGACACCUUCUCAGAAUGAAGUCCCUGAGGUGAAGAAAGAGGAGACCUUGUUGGAUCUGGACUUUGAUCCUUUCAAGCCCGACGUGCCCUCUGUGGGUUCUGCUGGAGUAACCCACUCACCCAUGUCGCAGACAUUGCCCUGGGACCUAUGGACGACAAGCACUGAUUUGGUACAACCGACUGAUUCUUCAAAAAGUCUUUCCCUGUGUAACCUGAUCAUGGAGGAACCUCCAGACAGUGGGUUGACCGAAGAAAUUCAAAGAUCUCAAAUUGAUUUAGGUGCAAUUAUUUGGGGCCCUGAUGCUAGUACAGACAGUGUCAGCCAGGAAAUUACCCAGGGUGGGUCGCAGGAAGACUCUGCAUGUCUCUCCGAAGCAGAGCAGGAACUGGGAUUUUCCAACGGAAUACUUCCUGCUGCUGACUGUGUAGCUGGGCAGGGUGAGCAUGUCCUGGGGCCAGCCCCUCCACGUGGAGAAGAACAGAUGCCCCCAAAGCCCACGCCUGGGGCUUCUUGUUUGGAGACGGAUCAUCCUUCCGAUUUACCUGACUCAGAGAUACCAGCCAUGGAAACUGGUGGCCUGGUCAAAGAAAGUCAAGAAGAUGUUAAAAAGUCAGAAGAAGAAGAAGGAAAACAGAAGAUAGAAGAUUCUGUCUGGCCAGGUGUGGAGACAUAUGAAAAGCCUUCUGGAGGUUCAUUUAAUGGAUUCACCCAGCCACAGGACACUACAUUAUUCACAAUGCAGACAGACCAGAAUAUGAUCUGUAACUUGCUCAUCCCUGGAACGGAUGCUGAUGUGACGGCUGGGGCCUUGGUGCCGGCAGCCGAGGGGGCCCCCGUGGGGGAAGCAGAGACAGAGAAGGUGACUCUUCCUGCUGGAGAAGGAGCGAGUUCAGAGGAGGCCAAGAUUGACACCGAAGCCACAGAGGCUGUAGAUGGUGACAGACCUCAACCGGUAGAGACAGAAGCAGCAGUAACUCAGGAGAAGGUCAUCCCUUCGGUGGUCAUAGAGCCCGCCUCCAACAAUGAAGGGGAGGGAGAACAUGAAGAGACCAUGGGUGCAGAGUUCAAGGAGGCAACUGCCGACGCGGCUCUUCCGGGCUCCACCGGCGAGACGCCAGCGCUGGCCUCGGAGGAGCAGAAAGCGGGCAAGGCCUCCCAGCCGGCCGCCCCCUCCGCAAGCGAGGCCUUCCAGGAAGGGCCUCCCGGCUUCCUCUACAAGGUGGAAACACUGCAUGAUUUCGAGGCAGCAAAUUCUGAUGAGCUUACCUUACAAAGGGGUGACGUGGUGUUGGUGGUGCCCUCAGAUUCGGAAGCUGACCAGGAUGCAGGCUGGCUGGUAGGUGUGAAGGAAUCAGACUGGCUUCAGUACAGAGACCUCGCCACGUACAAAGGCCUCUUUCCAGAGAACUUCACCCGGCGCCUGGAUUAGGGCCAGAAGUAUUGUAGAAAGAGCCUGAUUACUGGGUUUUUAAACCUUUGUGAAAACCUGAAGAGUUCACUUUUGCUAUGACACUCUUAGUGAUUUACAGACCAAUGCCAGACAAAGUUUGGAAGCCUAUGUCAAUGAAGCAUGUGUGCAAACAAAUGUUUAGAGGAAAAAAAACAAGUAAAUUAAGGAAAAAGUCUUCACUGGUUCCCACGUUCUUGCUAACAGGUUUGUUUGUGCUUUGUCCAAGCUGUGGAGACUUGUAUACUCGACCCCCUCCCACCAGUUCUAAAGUAGCUUUCUCCAGACCAGAACCUUAAUUUCUGUGCACCAAGUGUAUGGUAUUGAGUGGCUUCCCUGCAGAAGACGUGAUGAGUUGUCCUGUAAUACGAGAUUAUCUUAUUCCCCUGUGCAGGUGUGAGCACGUGCUCUCUCUCUCCCUCCCUUUCACAUUUACUGUGUUUAAAACGAAACUGCUGCAAAAGUUGUCACUGUUCUUUACCAGCACCUCUCUCUCUAUAUAUAUAUAUACGGACACACAGUCACACGAGCUAGUUCUCAUCACUCCUGGAUCUAUGUGUAUACACAAGGCUACAUAUACAUAGUUGCGCUCUCUCCUUUCCAUUGUAGCUUUUUAGCCUCUUAUGUGUCAUUGAUACAUGCGUUGCUCUUAUUCCGUCUGGCAUCACAGUUGCAGUUUUGCCUCUGGGCAAAACCAGCCAUCCCAUUGCCAAAAGAGUGGACAGUAUCUGUGUUCGGAAUGUGCGUUCUUCAGGAUGCGACGACUGACGGCACGUCGGAGCUGCUGCCCCUUUGGAGAAAGCAGAGUCUGAUGAUCUGGAUGUCCGGCCACCAUGACUGGAGGUGGGCGAGUUGCCACCAGCAGCUAAAUUGUCUUAAUUUCUGCCUUUCCGAGACUGGCUAGCUGAUGCGGCGUUUACAUCCACCUCCAGAGAACACUAUUUCAGAAAGCUCCUAUAUAUUUCCACGUCUUUUUAUUGAUGCAACUCAUCUUCACAGAUCGUCCGAAAAUAAGAUAUAGAUGAUGUAUGCU